CUGGAGCGCGUGCCUCCGCCCGCGCGCCCCCGUGACGGGCCUCGAGGCCGCGCGCGCGCCCCGCCCCCGGCCCCUCCUCCUCGCCCUCCCCCUCCCCACCUCGCGCGCGGCAGAGGGUGUUUCUCGCUCUUCGCGAGUUGCCGCCGCCGCCGGCGCUUCUCUCCCCUUCUCCCAGGCUUGGGUUUCCCUGGUGCCGCCGCCGCAGUUCCGUGUGAGGAGGAGGAGGAGGAGGAUGUGAAGAUGGCGGAGCUGCAGAUGCUGCUGGAGGAGGAAAUCCCGGGGGGCCGCCGGGCCCUGUUCGAUAGUUACACUAACCUGGAGCGGGUGGCCGACUACUGCGAGAACAACUACAUCCAGUCAGCAGACAAACAGAGAGCCCUAGAAGAAACCAAAGCCUAUACAACACAGUCCUUAGCGAGUGUAGCCUAUUUGAUAAACACUUUGGCCAACAAUGUCCUCCAAAUGUUGGAUAUCCAGGCAUCCCAGCUACGUCGGAUGGAAUCUUCUAUCAAUCACAUUUCUCAAAUUUUUUCCCACACUGAUGGGCAGCUAUCUGAGGUAGUGAUAUCCAGUACAAUCAACUCUCGAUUAUCUAUGACGGUCGAUAUUCAUAAAGAGAAAGUUGCAAGGAGAGAAAUUGGUAUUUUGACUACCAACAAAAAUACUUCCAGAACUCAUAAAAUUAUUGCACCAGCAAACCUAGAACGACCAGUUCGUUACAUUAGAAAACCUAUUGACUAUACAAUUUUAGAUGAUAUUGGGCAUGGAGUAAAGUGGUUGCUUAGAUUUAAGGUGAGUACACAGAAUAUGAAGAUGGGUGGGCUGCCUCGCACAACACCACCUACUCAGAAGCCACCCAGCCCACCUAUGUCGGGCAAAGGAACACUUGGGCGUCACUCCCCCUAUCGCACACUGGAGCCAGUGCGUCCUCCAGUGGUACCAAAUGAUUACGUACCUAGCCCAACACGUAAUAUGGCUCCCUCGCAGCAGAGCCCUGUGAGGACAGCUUCUGUGAAUCAAAGAAAUCGAACUUACAGCAGUGGUAGUAGUGGAGGGAGCCAUCCAAGUAGCCGGAGUAGCAGUCGUGAGAACAGUGGAAGUGGUAGUGUGGGGGUUCCUAUAGCUGUCCCCACUCCAUCUCCUCCCAGUGUCUUUCCAGCCCCUGCUGGCUCUGCUGGCACUCCUCCCCUUCCUGCCACUUCUGCCCCUGCCCCUACCCCUCUGGCUCCUGCUGCUGUCCCCUCUUCCACUGCCCCAGAUGGUGCUGCUGCGGGAGCUCAGCCUCUUGCUGAUGGCUUCACUUCUCCAACUCCCUCUGUUGUUUCUUCCACUCCACCUACAGGUCAUCCUGUUCAGUUCUACAGCAUGAACAGACCUGCUUCUCGGCAUACUCCCCCAACUAUAGGAGGCUCUUUGCCCUACAGACGUCCUCCGUCCAUAACCUCACAGACUAGCCUUCAGAACCAGGUGAAUGGAGGACCUUUUUAUAGCCAGAACCCAGCAUCUCUUGCUCCUCCUCCUCCAUCCAUCCUACAGGUAACUCCUCAGUUGCCUUUAAUGGGAUUUGUGGCCAGAGUUCAAGAAAAUAUUUCAGAUACUCCUCCUCCUCCACCUCCUACAGAAGAACCAGUCUUUGAUGAAUCUCCACCUCCACCUCCACCACCAGAAGAUUAUGAAGAGGAGGAGGCAGCUGUGGUAGAGUACAGUGAUCCCUAUGCUGAAGAGGACCCUCCCUGGGCACCAAGAACCUAUUUAGAAAAAGUUGUCGCGAUUUAUGAUUACACAAAAGACAAAGAGGAUGAGCUCUCAUUUCAGGAAGGAGCUAUCAUUUAUGUCAUCAAGAAGAACGAUGAUGGUUGGUAUGAGGGAGUCAUGAAUGGAGUGACUGGGCUCUUUCCAGGGAAUUAUGUGGAGUCCAUCAUGCAUUAUUCUGAGUGAAGAUUGAUUAUGUUGUUCUGGGAUCAAAAGGAACUAUUAGGGGCUUUCCAGAUUUACACAAGGCUCUGAGGAAUACACUCAUGGAUGAAGGAUAAUAAAACUGCUUCUGUGUUUUGGCUUAAAAAAUUAUUAUAAAAAAAGCAAUUUAGUGACCUAAACAUGAACAAAUGGAUCUUCUGAUGGUUAGUGGUGGCUGUGCUGAGUUCUUGGAAGUAAAUAAGCUGACCUGUUCAUCUCUGGGUAUGUAGAAAAUGAAAUGACCUAUACAUGUAACUGAAACAGAGUCAAAAAAAAGACUGAGGUAGAACCUAGGAUCUUUCUCAGGAAUUGUAUCUAAUCCAGAGGUUUUCUCCCAAGCUUUAGUGCUUGGCAUUAAAAAUGUCAAGAUAAUCAUGCUGUUAACAUUAUGACCCAGUGGCCAUCUUAGUCAUAUUUUUCUUCCGCCUGAAGAUGAGGCAUCUGCAGAACGUAUUUGAAAGUUAACAUAAAAGGCUUUCCAGGUUGUUUGUUACUUGUUUUUAAUGCAGUUAGAAUUUGCAAUUUCUUAGCACUCUGGCUAAAAACAAGUGAAUGCAAAACUGAUUUGUAUGUCAUUAUAAUUGUCAGCAUAAGUCAUUAAGAUGAUGAAGUUUAGAAAGUGUUAGGGGACUCCUAAGGCUAGCUAACUGGUGCCACAAAUUUACUUUAGUAUUCUGAAAUACUACAUUGCCACUGAUGGCUUAUAUAUCCAGACUACUUAUAACAAGGGUUAGUUAUCCCAUAGCAAAGGCUAUAGUGAAGUGGUGAUUAUAUUUCCUUCAGGUUCUGAGGAUCAAGCCUGAAGAUUUUAAAUUAACACUUGAAUGACAUAUGUUCUUAUUAAUGGUCAAGAUGAAAACUUUACUUUGAGCAUUAAAGCUUUGAGGAGAAAAAAAAAAUGACUUCAGAGUAAAUGGUUUUUUUCCCCUUAAUUUUGCAGUAUAGAGGAAAAUCUUAUUAGCUUUAUUUGGAAAGAACAAUCAGUUUUUAGAUCUGUUGGCAAGUCUCUACAAUGGAAGUUAAAGGAUUGCUACUCUCUCUGAUCAUUAAAGACUAACUUGUACAACUGUCUAAGCUGCUUUUCCCUUUAUACACAUAGAAAAAUUUAAAAAACAAAAAAUAAUUCAGAACAAAAACCCUUGAGAGACUUGUUUUCAACUGGAAAAUAAGGUACCUUUUCCUAUUAAAUAUUAAAAUUACAGCAUUAAAAUGAACUUAGUAGGUCAAGUUUUGGCACUGCCAGUUUUGUGGGCUAGAGACCUUCUUCAACUUAAACAGAGAUUAUAGCAGAAGUUAUUAAUUCUUUUGUCUGUACAACAAAUACAAUUUUGGAUUUCAACUCUCAGAUUUAGAAGAGCAAUACAUUUCUGACCUUCAUUUUUCCACAGAGUUAAUUUAAGAAAUAUCUCCAGAGACCCCAAAUCCUGGUAAGGGAUGGUAGUUCUAAAUAAGAAAUGAUCUGAGAAUGGGACCAGUUCCAUUCCCCCUGAUCCUCUUGACCAGGGAUACUCAGCCACAAUUCAGGAAGGCCAGGCUAGGUUAGAUUAGGCCAGGGCCGGAGUGUUGAGCAGGCUUGCACUGACUGAACAGCGGGGUUUAGUGAACUUGAGGGACAGGUGGACAAGGUGUUAGCAGGAAAGAAGAUUCCUGGCUUUGACUACAAAGCUUCUUUAAAAUUUUAACUGAGGCCCAACUAUAUAGUUCUUUUAUCAAUAAAACUCCAUACUGCCUGUUUUCAGUCAUUUAGUGAUCUUAUUUCAGGUCUUCUAACAGCUGGGAGUCCUAUAUGCUCAUCAGUUUACUCAUCUGUGCCUGAGCACUCCUAUUAAAUGAACUUGACCAAAACCCCUUCCCCCUUCCCCCCCCCAACAACAUUAGCACUGGGUAUCUCUUUGAGCUUUUAUUUCCUUUUUAGAACCAAUCUGUGGCUGACUUAAGAUAAGCUUGAGACUCUCUUUUACUGCCUGAAGUGGAUUGAUGUGCUUAGGGGUUUUGUUUUUUGAAGGGAAGGGGGAUGGAGUGGUGGUGGUGGUGGUGGGUGGUUAGUACUGGGUAUGUACCUUAAUUUUAAAAAUAUGUCCCUUAAAUGAGUUAUUCCCAGUAUCUACUCAUACCUGCAGGAUUUUCUGCUUCAGAGUGCUUAGUGGGUUUGCAACGCAGACACAUUUUUGAAGUCUAAAAGGUAAUCUGACAGCUCAUCCUAUUCAUUUACAAAAACAGAUGUCAACUGAGCUGGACUUGCAGAGAUAGAUAAGCUUAGGGUUUUCUCUAGGAAUGGAUUUUGCUUCUUGGACCAGUGUUUGCUGUCUGCUGAUGACAUUUGUGAAGUUUUUCAUCUUAUUAGAGUGACUGUGGAGGGAGUCCAUGGGUCUUAAUUGCUGCUGGUUUUUGCUCUAUUCAGUACUGAUGUGUAAAAAAAAAAUUGUUGAAUUUCAUGCAUAUUUUUUAUUUUGUACAGUUUAGAAUUCUAUAGCUUGUCUAGGAAGGAUUCUAUGUGAUCAAAACCCAGAGUAAUUGGAGAAUUUAAUGUAUGUAAUAUUUCAUAGACUGCAUGCUACUAAUAGUGAGGGUGCUGUUUCCAAUUUUAUCAAUUGUAAGUUUCCCCUUUUGUCCUAUUGAAAAACUAACUUUUUAAAAAAGCUUGGAAAAACUUAAAUUUGAGAAACGGUGCAGAGUGCUGUAGCAAAGGUGAUCCAAGUCCAAAAGCUACUGACCAGCCCUCAGCAGUGUUGUCACUAGAUAUGAGGGGAAUGCUAUCACGGUCCAUAAUAAAAUGUUCUAGGGCCACAACCCAAACUAAAUCCUUUCCCUCUGGAUCAUAUUUUCCUAGAUUGUAUUUGAUUUUACUUUCACCCUUCCUCCCAAACCCUGCAAAGAGUAGUAAUAAUGUAGUUGUAGUAGUAUUAGUAGUUAGUAGUAGUAGUAGUAGUAGUAGUAGUAGUAGUAGUAGUAGUAGUAGUAGUAGUAGCCGCCUUCCAAUAUGGCUGUUCCUCUUUUGGUAUUUGAUUUCCAUGGAGAUAUGAAUGAAAAUACACUUCCUUGUUCUAUGGCCUUAGAGUGAAGAUGACAUAAACUUAAAAAGUGCCAAUUGAGGAUGUUGCAAGGCUCAGCCUGCUGUUGGAUUGAUAAAGACAAACCUCCUCUUUUCUUGUUCAGCAGUGUUUUCCAUUGCUUGGCUGUUUUGUUUCUAACACCCCCCCCCCCCCCCCCCCCCCCCCCCCCCCCCCCCCCAGUGGUCCUUGUUUUGGGCAGUUUAGUUAGGGGAAGCAAGCAGCUGGUAUUAAUGGCAUGUUUCUGAGGGACUGAUUCUGUGUCACCAGGAAGGAUACCCCCUGCCCCUUUUUGGAUUUUGUUUAGUAAUUUACCGGUUUCUUUCAUCCCUAACCGGUUUCUUUAAUCCCUACAUUAACGUAGCUGGCAAUUUUCAGUUAUUUCAUCAGUGUCUUACUACUGCCUGGAAAAAACAAAGGCAACUUAAUGAAAUUCUUAGUUCUGGUGUGAUAGGAGAUUAUGUGUAUUUUUAUUUUUGUUUUAAACUUUUUUCUUAUUUCAGCACUUGCCUUUACAUUAGACUUCCUUUCUUGUUGUCCUUAACCACAUAUUUCUCUAGUGAAGGGAGCAUGUUGUGUCCUGGGGCUACCGUGACACUAAAAACAGCCUUAUGUAGAAGGUAGCAGGCAAUAUCCAAGUAUUUAGGAAGGUAGGCAUUUAAUUUCCAUCAGUUUACACUUAAUUCAUUGGCUGGGAAUUCCACCUUCACUGGUGUUAAGGGGGGAGGAGGGCAUCCCCAAAUGGGUUUACUUAGAUUCAUAAAAAUUAUUAGAGCCAGAAGGGACCUUAGGUCAUCUAGUUCAGAUGGGGAAACUGAGGCCCAGGGACAUUAAGUGACUUGCUCCAGGUCCCACAGCUAGUUAGUGGUAUAGCCAGGACUAGAAUCAUACUGCCCAGUCCAGUGGUCUUUCCACUACACCAUGCUGUUUUGAUUAAAUAUGCUAUGUUUUUCUUUAAAACUGUGAGAACAUUGGAGUUCCACUUGAUAUCUUUAGGAAGAUACUUGAAAAAAAAAAAAGUAUGGCCAUGUUUUGAUAAAUGCCAUUAAAGUAUUAUUCACAGUUCCUCUUUGAAUUAUUACAUCGGCGUGCCGAGUGCAACCUUCAGUAGUGAGAUGGGAAUUUUAAAAAAUGGUACUUAAAUGUGAAUUGCUAUUUAGUAAAGUAGUCUUCUCUCCUUGAUAAGGCGUAUGUUGCAAACACAUGUUUUAUAUGGUAUUUUAGCAGUGGAAGGGGCACUGCACACCAGUCUUUUAAGAGAGGCUUAUAUAGAGCCAUUCACUGAAAAAGGCACAUUGUGCUUGAGAGCUGAAGUUUAUUUUCUGCUAAUAUUUGUUCCUAUUUCUUAUUGAAACUCAUACAAUGAUAUGGAAAUUGACAAAUAUGCCGGGGCCAACCUGUGUACAAAUGGAUUAUUUACGCAAAUAAACCUUGCUAAAUAUCUUGAAACAUUUUUGUAAAAUAUAAAAAAACACAAAAGUGCUUAUUUUCACAUUAAAAUGGAAGUGUCUUUUUGCAACUUCAGAAUUCUAUGGAAAAGCAGUUUCUACCAUAUCUUGUGUCCAUGUACAUUUUUAAGAAACAACAGAAAAAUAUGGUUUCUAGGUAGGAUGGCCGUGAUUUGUGCUCUGCCAGUGCUAACUAAUCCAUCUGAUGCACUCAGCCCCAGAGAGAAGGAAGUUGGUGGCAGUGAGACUAUAAAUCAUGGAGGCCUCGGGGGGAGCAGCUUGUCUGCUCUGAGUGAUAUUUGUGUGUGUGUGCACGCGCGUCAUAAAGCUGCCUCCAAACAAGUGGGGAACAUCAACUUUUUACAAUUUUUUUUUUUUUUUUAGAUUGUACUUGGAAUUAACUGUUGCUGUGUAAUAAGAAUUUGUUUUACGUCCUAAAUAAAAACCCACAAAGCACACAGAAGUGACUGGUGAAUUUUAUUUUUAUAAGGGAACCAUUUUCACUUUGGUGGUAUCCGAUUGUCCCAAAGGAUUAGGGGGAAGAGAUGUGUAAGUAUUCUAAAUUUGUAAAUAGACAAAAAAAAAAAAAAAAAAAGUCUCUAAAU